GGGUGAGUGGCCAGAGACCGUGCAGGGCUUCGGGACACUGGACGGGCAGUUGCUUCCAAUCGCGAGAGUGCGAACGUGGGGUGCAAAACGGGUCCCCUUCAUCGCGGCUCGUUUCUGGCAUCAUGGCGCAGAGGGCCUUCCCGAAUCCUUAUGCCGAUUAUAACAAAUCCCUGGCCGAAGGCUACUUUGAUUCUGCUGGGAGGCUGACUCCUGAGUUCUCACAACGCUUGAACAAUAAGAUUCGAGAGCUUCUUCAGCAAAUGGAGAGAGGCCUAAAGUCAGCAGACCCUCGGGAUAGCACUGUUUACACUGGCUGGGCAGGUAUUGCUGUGCUUUACUUACACCUCUAUGAUGUGUUCGGGGACCCUGCCUACCUACAGAUGGCACAUGGCUAUGCAAAGCAAAGUCUGAACUGUUUGUCCAAGCAUUCCAUCACCUUCCUUUGCGGGGAUGGGGGCCCCCUAGCAGUGGCUGCUGUGGUGCAUCACAAGAUGAACAAUGAGAAGCAGGCAGAAGACUGCAUCACCCGGCUAAUUCACCUAAAUAAGAUUGAUCCCCAUGCUCCAAAUGAAAUGCUCUAUGGACGGAUGGGCUACAUCUACGCUCUUCUCUUUGUGAAUAAGAACUUUGGAGUGGAAAAGAUUCCUCAAAACCAUAUUCAGCAGAUUUGUGAAACAGUCUUAACGUCUGGUGAGAAACUAGCUACAAAGAGAAACUUCACAGAAAAGACUCCACUGAUGUAUGAAUGGUACCAAGAAUAUUAUGUGGGAGCUGCUCAUGGCCUGGCAGGAAUUUAUUACUACAUGAUGCAGCCCAGCCUUCAAGUGAACCAUGCGAAGUUACAUAGCUUGGUCAAGCCCAGUGUAGACUACGUCUGCCAGCUGAAAUUCCCUUCUGGCAAUUACCCUCCUUGUGUGGACGAUACUCGGGAUCUGCUAAUUCAUUGGUGCCACGGUGCUCCUGGGGUGAUCUACAUGCUCAUUCAGGCCUAUAAGUUGUUCAAAGAGGAACGGUAUCUCAAUGAUGCCUAUCAGUGUGCCGAUGUGAUCUGGCAGUAUGGCUUGCUGAAGAAGGGAUACGGACUGUGCCACGGUGCUGCAGGGAACGCCUACGCCUUCCUGUCCCUGUACAACCUCACGCAGGAUGCGAAGUACCUGUAUAGGGCCUGUAAGUUCGCUGAAUGGUGCUUAGAUUAUGGAGAACACGGAUGCAGAACGCCAGAUACCCCCUUCUCCCUCUUUGAAGGAAUGGCUGGAACAAUAUAUUUCUUGGCUGACCUCCUAGUGCCCACGAAAGCCAGGUUCCCUGCAUUUGAACUGUAAAAGGGAAGUCCCCCCACUGUGACUCACUGCAUGAGCCUUUCUGUGUAUCAAACCUGGGCUAAAGCAACUAAUAGAGUCAAACU